AUGGGCAAGAAAGACAAAAAGUCCGCCGAGCAUAAAGCUCGAGUGGCGGCUAAGCAGUCUAAAAAAACCGCUCAAAAGGAAAAGAAGUCCAAAGUUAAAGGCAAAGAUGUGGACAGUGACGCCGAGGACGCCGAUCUGGAUGCCAUCUUGGCUCAGUACGCCGAAGAACAAGCCAGGUUUUUGAAGGUUACGGAGAUUCCCUCGGAGCCUCCUGCGCCACGCUCGUCGGCCACCGUCCUUGCGUCCCCGUCUAAUCGAAAUGAAUUGUUGCUCUUUGGCGGCGAGUACUUCGAUGGAACACAUGCAACUUUCUUCAAUAACCUCUUCGUUUAUUUGAUUGAUCGUGGUGAAUGGAGGGAGGUGACUAGUCCUAAUAGUCCUUUACCUCGAAGUGGACAUGCAUGGUGCCGUGGAGGUAACUCUGGAGGUGUAUACCUGUUUGGAGGUGAAUUUUCAUCGCCCAAGCAGGGAACAUUCUACCACUACAAUGACUUUUGGCAUUUAGAUACGGUCACUAGGGAAUGGACCCGCCUUGAGACCAAGGGCAAAGGCCCUCCGGCUCGAAGUGGUCAUCGAAUGACUUACUACAAGAACUACAUCAUCUUGUUUGGUGGAUUCCAAGACACUUCCCAGCAGACCAAGUACCUGCAGGAUCUGUGGAUCUACGAUUGCCAGAAAUACACUUGGUUCAAUCCAACUUUGACAACGGCAUCGCAGAAGCCCGACCCGCGAUCUUCAUUCUCUUUUCUUCCGCAUGAAACUGGUGCCGUGAUCUACGGUGGCUACUCUCGAGUUAAGGCAACCAGCGGCGGUGGAGGCGGCAAACAAGUCAAGGGUGGUGCUCAAAAAAUGGUGUUGCGCCCCAUGGUUCAUCAAGACACCUGGUUCCUUAGAAUCACACCUCCAGCACCAGAGGCACCGGCAGCUGCUGGUCCGACAAUCCGCUGGGAGCGGAGAAAGAAGCCCGCCAACACACCAAACCCGGCUCGUGCUGGAACAACGAUGGCGUACCACAAGGGGCGCGGUAUAAUGUUUGGUGGGGUGCAUGAUGUCGAACUUAGUGAAGAGGGCAUUGACAGCGAGUUCUUUGAUUUGUUGUUUGCAUGGAACACAGACCGAAAUCGAUUCUUCCCCCUGAGUCUGCGACGACCACGUGCCCCUGGCAAGAAACAACAGGCGAACCAAGGUGCGAAGUCGCGAAACAGAGGCAAGGCUGACGAGGAAGAACUUCUAAGAAACCUCAAAGCACUCGAGGCUAAGGGGGGAAUUCCUGAUGAUGACGACGAUGAUGAGAUUAUGCAAUUGAGCACACCUAAAGAGGAACCUGUCGAGCCUGCCAAACCCGCAGUAGUCCGCUUCGAGAUGCCCCACAGGCGCUUCAACGCACAACUUGCGGUGCAAGAUGACACCCUAUUUAUCUAUGGCGGUACAUUUGAAAAGGGCGAUAAGGAGUUCACAUUCGAUGACAUGUACUCUAUUGAUCUCGUCAAGCUGGAUGGCGUCAAGGAAUGCUUCUAUAGGGAGCCUGUCAACUGGAACCUCAUGGAUGAUGAAGAGGAUAGUGAUGAAGAUAUGGACGACGAUGAUGAGGAGGAUGAGGAGAUGGACGACGAAGAAGGCGAUUCUAUGUCUCUUGAUGCCCCAUCGACUGCCCCAACUGACGUGACUGUGCCGUCAGUUACCCAAGAUAUGCAGCAACUUGACGUCGAGGAACAAGAAACCGACGCCCAACCCGACGACAGCCGGCCAUUGCCUCGACCUUUCGAGAGUCUCCGUGAAUUCUUCAGCCGUACGUCAGAAGAAUGGCAGAACCUGCUCAUCGAAGCAAUGAGGAUGAAAGGUCAGGGUGAUGAGAAGAGUAUCAAGGAGUUGCGGAAAGCUGCAUUCGAUAUGGCAGAGGAGAAAUGGUGGGAUAGUCGAGAAGAGAUCAUGGCUCUUGAGGAUGAACAAGAAGCAGCCGGUAUCGGAGAGGUGGUUAGCAUGGCUGAUCGGGCUGAGAAUGCGGGAGGAGCUGGUCGCCGUCGGUGA